AUGUCACGUCCUUUGUCCGGUCUUGUUGUGUUUGAAAUGGGCGGUCUCGCCCCUGCACCUUAUGCAGGCAUGAUUCUUUCUGACUUUGGUGCCGACGUUAUUCGCAUCGACAGACCCAAAUCCAUCAGCACGGAUAUCCUUGCCAGAAACAAGCGUUCGAUUUCUGUCAACAUGAAAGAUCCUUCAGCCGUACCGGUCAUUCGUCAACUGUUGAAACAAGCCGAUGUGCUGCUGGAUCCGUUCCGUCCUGGCGUGUUGGAAAAGAUGGGCCUUGGACCUGACGUGCUCUUGAAAGAAAACCCGCGACUGAUCAUUGCUCGUUUGAGUGGAUUCGGACAGUCGGGCCCUGCUUCUGAAGCCGCUGGCCAUGAUAUCAAUUACCUUUCUGUUGCGGGCGUUUUAGGGAUGAUUGGCCGACGCGGUGAAAAGCCGAUGUUCCCUAUGAAUGUGCUUGCCGACUUUGCUGGAGGCGGGCUCAUGUGUGCCUUGGGUAUUCUGAUGGCUCUGAUCGAACGCUCACGGUCGGGUCAAGGCCAAGUGAUCGAUGCCAACUUGACCAGCGGCACGUCGUACUUGACAACAUUCCCUUACUUGAUGCAGAAAUACAAAUUGAACUUUGCCGACGAAAGAGGUACCAACAUGCUCGAUAGUGGUGCUCCAUUCUACGAGGUGUACAAGACAAAGGAUGACCGCUACAUGUCUGUCGGCGCAAUCGAGCCUCAGUUUUAUGCACAGUUUUUGAAAGGACUCGGUCUUGAUCCCAAGGAUCUCCCUGACCAGCACGACCGCGAUCAAUGGGAAAGCAUGAAGGGAACGUUUGCCAAGGUAUUCGCUACCAAGACCCAGGCGGUAUGGACAGAAAUCUUUGAUGGCACCGAUGCAUGCGUUGCUCCUGUGCUGUCGUUUAGAGAAGAGAUUCCAAAUGUCUCCAUGGUAGCCACGCCCGAGAAGCAAUGGCCGCGCAAGGCGGUUCCACCCCAGCCAGCCCCCAUCCUUUCCCGCACACCCGCCAAAGAAGCCAGACACGAUGCAGAGGAUCCGUUCCUGGCGCCCGGUACCCAUACCAUGGAAGUCUUGAGCCAGUUUGGCGUUCCUCAAACUCAGAUCCGCGCAUUGUUGCAAAAGGGAGCGUUUAUCGAUAAAGCGGGCUUGAGCCGUUUGUAA